UUGGGUAUAAAAAGGCCAAACAGAGUUGAAUUUUAUAAGAGAUGAGUUUUAAAGGAGCUAGCUUCACUACAUGAGAGAUCCAUCAUACCUCUCUCUCUCUCUCUCCCUCCUUCAUCUCUCUCUAGUUUGUGGUAAGCGAUAGUUAUGGCAGUGCCCACCUCCACUGUUUCCGGCAUCAAGCUUUCUGGGAUCGUCACUUCCUUCAACACCCCAGCUAAUAGCUCGAGUCCCGGAAGAAUCAGCGUUAAAGUUUAUCCGGCAUUGCCUCGCCGGCGAUUCUCCACGAUCGGAGCUGUGUCCUCAAGUCGCGGAUCUUCCUUUCCAUCUUCCAGCCGCGUCUCUUUCGCUUACCGUCAGAAUCUGGUUUUGAGCGGUGGUCUCGGUGCUCUUGAAGCUCUGCCAAGUGUUUGUGAAAAUGCCAGCGCUUCUUCCACCAAAUCAUUCAACCAGUUGAUUGAAUCUUUGAUUGAUCGGGUUGAUCUAUCUGAAUCCGAGGCUGAAUCAUCUCUCGAUUUUUUGCUCAACGAUGCAAACGAGGCGCUGAUUAGUGCCUUUCUGGUUCUACUGAGAGCUAAAGGAGAGACAUAUGAAGAGAUCGUAGGGUUGGCUAGGGCAAUGAUGAAGCAUGCCAGGAAAGUCGAAGGAUUAGCUGAUGCCGUGGACAUAGUAGGAACAGGUGGUGAUGGAGCAAAUACUGUCAACAUAUCAACUGGAUCUUCAAUACUCGCUGCUGCUUGUGGUGCAAAAGUAGCAAAGCAAGGGAGUCGUUCAAGCUCCUCUGCUUGUGGAAGUGCUGAUGUAUUAGAGGCGCUAGGUGUGGUGAUUGACUUGGGACCAGAAGGGAUCAAGAGAUGUGUUGAAGAAUCAGGGAUUGGUUUCAUGAUGGCACCAAUGUACCAUCCAGCUACGAAGAUCGUUAGUCCCGUCCGUAAAAAGCUUAAAAUAAAAACUGUUUUCAACGUACUGGGACCUAUGCUUAAUCCUGCUAGAGUGUCUUAUGCCGUCGUGGGUGUAUACCACAAAAAUUUGGUUCUGAAGAUGGCAAAGGCAUUGCAACUGUUUGGUAUGAAAAGAGCAUUGGUUGUUCAUUCAUAUGGCCUAGACGAAAUGAGUCCCUUAGGAGGAGGGCUAGUUUAUGAUGUAACCCCGGAGAAGAUAGAAGAGUUCUCAUUUGACCCAUUGGACUUUGGUAUACCUCGUUGUACACUUGAGGAUUUGCGAGGUGGAGGUCCAGACUACAACGCUGAUGUGUUAAGACGUGUGCUCUCAGGGGAGAAAGGAUCAAUAGCAGAUUCACUGAUCCUAAACGCAGCUGCGGCUCUUCUGGUUAGCAACAGAGUCCAAACGCUAGGGGAAGGAGUAACCUUGGCCCGUGAAGUACACUCCUCAGGGAAAGCUAUCAAGACUCUUGAUUCAUGGAUUCACUCAUCUAACUUAGCUCAGAACUCUCAGUGAUUAAUGGUGUAUACAUUUCUCUAUAUUGUAUGAAGGGGACAACACAAGAACAGGUUUGUAACUAGUUUUCUUUGUCAAUCAAGAACCAGAAGAGACCAUAGAGAGAGAUU